UACGGAUAACUACUCCGUAGCCGCAUUGAUUUGCAUCAAGCGGGCUUUCCAUUACUGCCAUGGCACAUAUUAUGGAUCUGCUUCCACCUUGAACCUUCAGCUGCCCGAGACAUCCUACCGCUUCAGAAAUCCUAGUUGCGCUUGGCAUCUACACCCGGCAAAAUGCUGGACUUCUCACAAUUUAGUGCUGCAUUCCCGACGGACGGCCCCAAUCCUUACGACCAGAAUGGUGUGCGUGAGAUCGAGACCUUCCGCAAGACGUUCGACGGCGUCUUGUUUAUCGACCGUGUCCUAAAAGCGCUGAGCAUCGGUGAAACCCGCAAAGCGUAUCCCCCCAGAGGCGACAGUGGCCUGAGGGCCCUGCACCAGCAGAUCUGUGAGAGCAAGGUGUCACAGCACGCCAAGCUCUCGGUCUUCUACUACCUACUUCUCGACUUCGACGAGCUACGGGGCGCGCGAUCCCAAUUGGCCGAGGCGCUGGCCGAGGCGUCGGGCCUGCCACAGAACUACCAGAUCCUGAUGCGGGGCCUGUGGCACAUGGACCGGAAGGAGUUCAAGUUUGCGCUCGAGCACCUGGCGCACCCUUCCCUGCCCUCCGAGUUUGCCGACGACAUCAUCACCGUGCUGGUCCGCCACGCCAAAGCAGAUGACUACAGCCUCCCCUUGGCCUACUACCACACGGUGCAGCCCGUCCUGCAGACGGCCGAAGCCCUGGAGCUCCUCUUUGGUGCCCUCGCCCGCACAAGUGUGACUGAGGCGCUGUACCUCUCGCGCUCCUGGCCCGACCACACCCGGCAACAGCUGUUUGGGAAGCUGGUCUCGUCUGUGCUGGAACAUCCCGAGGCAGUUGGCGCGCGUGGCAAGGAGCUCGUCAGCCUGCCGUUGACGGGGGCGGAGGAGAAGUGGUUCCAGGAGUACAUGGCUAGUGGAGAAGGCAAGAAAUCCAAGAACGCGAAAGCUGUGGUGCAGAUGAGGCAGGUGGUCACGGGGAGGCAUCGGGGACCGGUUCCGGCCGGCGGGUUGAGUAGUCAGGGGUCUGCUGUGCGGGCAGGUCGGUGAUGUUCGGUAAAACGUGGGCUUACGGUUAGUGACGGCUUGUGACGGUCUGGACAGCACUUUUGUUCGCUUUUUCAUGACGAGGUGCAAUGGCAUAGCGACGGCGUUCCGGUUUGUCUUGAUACCACGGUGAUGGCGUGGACUACCAGGAGUUCUCCUGCUGAAGCAUGGAGCAAUCGAAUGGGGAUACUCAGAUCACCCGCAACUGAUGUGCCUUCUAGGACAGUUAAUGGUAGGCUCCUCUCAUGUCGCUAAGUUGAGGACUGGAUAUCAUCUGAGACGCUGUUCCAAUGCUUAGGCGGUGAAGAGAAUAGCCGAUGACGUACUUCUACACGGUCUUCCCAUCUUAG